AUGGCGGCGCACGCUGGCCGCGCGGGGGCCGCCACGGCGCUGGGGUGGGCCUGCCGCGCACCGCGAUCGCGGCUGGCGGGCGCCGCCGCCGCAGCCGCGGCACGAGGCAGCUCCGCGCGCCCGCUGGCUCAGAACCCCGAGCUCGCCAGCGCUCGGUGCUUCGCCUGUGUUGCCCUGGAGCCCGGGGGGGCCGAGGGCGAGGACGGCGAGGGCGAAGACGGGCCCGCCUUGGUCGGGGUGGCCGCCGCCUGGCGAGCGGCCAGCGGCCGCCGGGCGCGCGGCCAGCAGCUCCCGGGCGGCGGCCCCGCCGGCGGGGAGCGCCGGCUGGGACGAGGCGCCCAGGAGUUGGGAGCGGCGAGCCGCGCCGGGCGGGCCCUCCGUCAUCGUCACGUGGCCACGUGGCGGGCUGAGUUUGGCUUCGCCAGGAGGCAGCACAGCCUGGCGCAGUUCGGCUACACAGGACCGAACGACGAGCUGCUGGAGUGGCGGAGGCAGUUCGACGAGUUGGCGGACGGGGGCGGCGAGCCAGGACCACUAUCUCCCUGGAGGGUUUCAAGCGCAUGUGUGCGCGGAAGUACGGCGGCAUAG